AUGGAUUUACCAAGGUAUAGCAAAGAGUAUAUUGAUGGUGUUCAACAUUUUUUGGACUUUGCUUAUUCUGAUGGAGAUCCUCAGGGCGAAGAAAUUCAAUGCCCGUGUGCAAAGUGUUGUAACAUCCCUUGGUAUCGAAGGAAUAUAGUUUAUGAUCUUUUAAUAUGCUACGGUUUUGUUAAAGGUUAUACAAGAUGGAUUAAUCAUGGGGAAUGGGAAAUUCCAAUGGAUGUUGAUGAUGAUAUGGAUGAAGAUGAUUCAUAUGAUGACAUUGAUGGGUUGUUGAAUGAUCAAUUUAGAUAUGUUGCACAAGGAGUUGAUGAAUGCCAAAAUGAAGAUGCCAAAAAAUUCUAUAACUUAGUUGACGAGGUAAGUCAAGAAUUAUAUCCUGGUUGUAAAGGAUUCUCUAAAUUAUCAUUCACGAUCCGUCUAUAUUUGUUGAAGUGUCUACAUGGAUGGAGCAAUGAGUCCUUUACUUCCCUCUUAGAGUUAUUGAAAGAGGCGAUGCCCGAGUUGAACAUUCCUUUAUCCUGCAACAAUGCCAAGUCUUUUGUAAAGAAUCUAGGUCUUGAUUAUAAGAAAAUUGAUGCAUGUCCCAAUGACUGCAUGUUAUUUUGGAAUGAUCAUAAAAGUGAUGAAUAUUGCCUUGUUUGUCGAGCUUCUCGAUACAUUGAAUAUCCUGAAGCAGAUAGCGAGCUUGAGCCUUCCAAAAAAGCUCAUCGUGUUGCUGCUAAAACUUUGAGACACUUUCCAUUAAUUCCUAGAAUCAAACGGCUAUUUAUGUGCUCAAAUAUGGAAGAUAAAUUGAGGUGGCAUGACGAGGAGCGGUCUAAAGAUGGAAAGUUAAGGCAUCCUGCCGAUGGCCAAGCAUGGAAAGACUUUGAUAGCCUUCAUCCAGAUUUUGCAAAAGAUUCUCGCAAUCUUAGACUUAGCCUGAUGUGCAUGAAACAAGAAUAUUGCAUGCUUUCGUUGCUUAUAUCUGGGCCGAGAUCUCCUGAAAAUGAUAUUGACAUUUAUUUGCAAACACUAAUAGAAGAGUUGAAGGUAUUAUGGGAGUUAGGAGUUGACACAUAUGAUGCUUCAAGAAAUCAAACCUUUCUAAUGCGAGCAGCUCUUAUGUGGACAAUUAAUGACUUUCCUGCCUAUGCUAUGUUAUCUGGGUGGAGUACAAAAGGAAAGUUGGCUUGUCCAUGUUGUAAUUAUGGCACUAAUUCUUGCUAUCUAAAACAUAGUCGGAAAAUGUGUUAUAUGGAUCAUCGUGUUUUUCUGCCUAUGGAUCAUCCUUGGAGAUCCAACAAAAGGUCUUUCAAUGGAAAAACAGAAUUUAGGCCUCCUCCAGAAUUGUUAAAGGGAACAGAUGUGUUCAAUAUGUUACAAAAUGUUGAAAAUGUAUUUGGGAAGACGCAAAAGAAAGCAAAUUCCGGCCCAUGGAAAAAAGGUCAAUUUUUUUUGAAUUACCUUAUUGGCAACAUAAUUUGCUUCACCACAAACUUGAUGUAA